AUGUCAACCCGGUAUCAUCAGGCCGCAACUGAUGACUACCUGGAAAUUCUGAAAGAGGCUACCAAAAGAGAUCUCAAUCUUUCUGAUGAAGAUGGCAUGACCCCCACACUCCUGGCAGCCUACCAUGGCAACUUGGAAGCCCUGGAGAUCAUCUGUAGCAGGGGGGGUGAUCCUGAUAAAUGUGACAUUUGGGGAAACACUCCCCUCCAUUGUGCAGCCUCCAAUGGACACACUCACUGUGUUUCAUUCUUGAUCAACUUUGGUGCCAAUAUAUUUGCCCUAGACAAUGACCUACAGUCUCCACUAGAUGCUGCUGCCAGCAGAGAGCAGAGUGAAUGUGUUGACAUUCUAGACAAAGCUGCCAGGGAUCAAAGCAUCCUGAACCCCAAAAAGGUUGCCAGACAGAAGGAGCAGGCCCAAAGAAAUGCCCAGAAGCAGAUUAAAGAUUGUGAAAAGCUCCAGGAUAGACAUCAGAAUAAAAUGAAUCGCACAUUCAACAAGGAGAAGGCUGGGACCCUAACUUCUUCCAAGGGCACUUUUUCCAGGUCAUCUUCUUCAAACUCCUCUACUCCCACUGUAUUUGAAACAUUCUCCAAGGGUUUGAAAGAUACCUUCAAGGCAAGGUAUAAGAAGAACAGGAACACAGCAGAUGAACAGGUGGGAAAAGGAACAGAUAAGAAGAGCAGGAGAGGGCAGCAAAAUGUGAUGGAAGUGUUCCAGGAAGAUGAGGAAGAGUCAUUCACAAAUGGUUUCAAAGAUAAGAUACAGCUCACAGAAGAUAAGGACAAUGAUGUGCAGCAAGAGUCCAUUUUCAACCGUCCUGGUCUGGGCAAUAUUGUGUUUAAAAAAAGUUCAGCAAUUGAAGAUAUCUCAGACAGCAAAAGAGAAAUAGAGUUUAAUAUAGUUUCUGGAUUACUCCAGAAAGGAAGACCAGGGGACAUUGGUGAGACUAACCCAGAAGCAGAGUUAGAAGAAGAGGAUGGAGAUGAGGUGCCUUGGAAUGAGAAUGAAAUGGAAUGGGAGGAAGAUGAAGCAGAUAUUACCCCCAUUGAAUUGUUCUUGAUGUCUCAGAACCUGAGUGAGUUCAUCCCUAUCCUUAUGAGAGAACAAAUAGAUCUAGACGCCCUCUUACUUUGCUCAGAUGAGGAUCUCCAGAGCAUACAAAUGCAACUGGGCCCAAGGAAGAAAAUCCUCAGCGCCAUAGGCAGGAGGAAGCAGUUACUGCAGCAUCCUGGCCAGAUGACCGAUACAAGCCUCUGAUGAAUGAGUGUGUCCAGGAGGAGUAGUCAAGCUUAUGUGACCUCUAUAAUGUAGGUCCAGGAAAUAUCUCGAUGCCAGGCCACUGCUUCUCUCUCUUCUCUUUCUACAUCUAAAAAACAAAAAAAACCCUCAAAUACAAAUGGAUACCUGUAAAAUUCCCCAUUACCUUCUAGGGGAAUCUUACCUUGACUUGGAGAUGUCCUCUAGUCCUUUACAUCUUGAAUUCUGGGCAUACUUUUUCCAGAUAAACCACCAGUGAGCAUCAUAAAGAGACCAAGGGAACAUGGAAAUGGUGUCUCAUUUCAUAAGACCUUUUCAAGUGUCUUUUCCGAUUCGUCUUAGGAAAGGUCUAGUGAAU